UGAUAAUUAAUUCUUUUUUCUAAUAUUCUGCUAUUGAUGGUUGACUUCGAUAAUUUUGAGGUGUACUUUGAACACUUGCGCACAUCGACAUCAUAUUUUUGGACAGAAUAUCUAACAAUUUAAUUUUUUUGUAACGCUGACGCGCGUAACGUUGUUUUCUAGCCCGUCCGUUUGACGUCAACGUCACGAUGGUGUUUCAAUGCCUGUCGCAGAGUUAUUGUUUUAAAAAUCCUCGGCACAAUUUAUUUAUUUAUUAUCAUUGAUAUUAUUCUGACCACGGGAAAGACCUUAUCGUUUCCUAAUAAUGGCAACAUUCGAGGGUGCAGCAUUCCAGAAACUAAGUGUUACGUGUUUUCAAUAAUAUAUACCUGCUUGUCAAAGUCUCCUAUGCAUUGUUGUUGUUUCAGAAAUGGGUGUUGUGACUGAAAUUGCAACGGCAGUUGACGAAAUGGAAUGGACAUUGCCAACAGACGUGCAAGCCGAAGCGAUACCUUUGAUUCUGGGUGGUGGCGACGUGUUAAUGGCUGCAGAAACUGGUAGUGGAAAGACUGGUGCCUUUUGUUUACCUGUUUUACAAAUAGUAUGGGAAACUCUGAAAGACUUUGAAUCUGGGAAAGCAACUGCUUCGUCGACAUCACACUCGCAACCUUCAAAACAUUGGUCUCUAAGUUUAUUCGAUAGAGGCACAGCAUUGGCUGUAACUCCAGAUGGUCUAAGAUGUCAAAGCCGAGAACAAAAGGAAUGGCAUGGUUGUCGGGCCAAUAAAGGAGUUCAGGGGAAUAAGAAGUUCUUUUUUGAAGCUACGGUAACCGACGAAGGUUUGUGCCGUGUUGGCUGGUCUAUGUCUCAGGCUACCUUGGAUUUAGGUACAGACAAGAAUGGCUUUGGUUUCGGUGGGACUGGUAAGAAAUCCAAUGCAAAACAGUUUAAUGAUUAUAGCGAGGCUUUUGGCAUGCAUGACGUGAUUGGAUGGUACCUAGAUUUAUUAAUGGAAUAUUUCAUUGUUAUAAAAGAAUUAUGACUGGGAAAACGGGCAGAUAGAGGGGCAAUUAGAGACAGCAAACAGAUGGAGGGCAAGGUGAGCAAGGAUAGCAUUUGAUGGUUCCUGUGUAGUAAAGCCCGCCGGUGGUGACACGUGUUCUUAUGACGGGUCCAUGAUCAGGAGGUGCGGGCACUGGUUUAGGUAUAGACGCACAGGUGACGCAUGGAUAACAACAGCAAGGUGGACAAAUAAAAGGUCGUGGUGGGCAGGGUAGGGGAGGAGAGCAAGGUACAGGACAGCAAAGUGCAGGGCAACCAGAUGGGGGACAGCAGACCGUAGGCGGUGAACAACGUGUUGUAGGGCAUGGUGGACAACAUAUUAUGGACUCACACGAUGGGGGACACGGUGGACAUUGCGGUUCCAGCGGGGGACAACAACCACAACUGAAACAAAUGCUCUAUCAAUUAAGGGUAUUCAAUAGAAAAGGGUGGAUAUCAAAUAUUAUUAAUAGAAACUCCGGAUUUUUGUGAUUUAGAAACUAACUAAUUUUGAUCAUAAAUGCACAAAAAUCCAUAGUCUAAUCAUUACCCCUAAGCAGCAUUGUAAGAUAAUUAGAUAAUAAUAUUUAGUAUCUUAUAUCCACAUAAUAAAAACAGCACCUCUCGAUCA